CUCACCAUCCAAACCAGCCACCACUCUCAACCUUUUCUGCAAAAAUUGCACUUAUAGCUCUCCAAUUCCUCUUUUACCCCUCACGCGGACCAUUAUUGUAAUUUGCGAGUGGCCGCCGGCCUCUCCAAUUUUCAACUCCUUCCGAAACUUUUACUAAACUAUUCUUUUGUUUGUUACCCGUACUUUUUAAUCCUUUUAAGAAGCAAAAACUAGCACAAGAUUUAUGAAUUAAAAAGAAAAAGCUGGUUAAUAAAUAAACAUGAGCUCUCAUAUUCAAGCCAGGCUUAGGGGAGAUCUUGCUGGAUGCCAGAGUUCCCAGGGUCUCCUCUCCUCCUUCUCCUUCUUAGUGCUGGUUUAGAUCUUAUGAAGAUUCCUCGUGGAUCCCAUUUCCCUUCUUGAUUGUUAUUAAUAUUUAACUCCUUUUAUCGCUUCGACAAAAGGGACCCCAAAAGAGCAAGCAGACCGUCCUUUUUCCUCCUCAUUAGUCACAGCAGGACUUGGAAUCCCAGAUUCUCAGCUUCUGAAUCCUACCCUCUUCAAGAAAGAUGAAAAAAGUCAUGGGUUUGUUAUCAAACACCCGAAAAAGAAUUCAAUUUGUUUGUCUUCCAUUGCUCUUCAUUGUGCUCUUUGUUUUAUUCGCUCCAAUUUCUGCUCAGGAAUCUGAAAGAGAGGAGGCAACACGGGCUAUUCGAGAUCUAGGCCGGAAAAGUAAAAUUUUUGUGGACAAACUCAAGACUGGUAUUACAAGGGAUGGGUACAAUUCUGGUUCUGUUGGUCUUGGUGUUGAAUUGGAAUCCGGUCUUGGGAUUUUUGAUGCAUUUUUUGCAAGUUUUUCCAUGAUUCUUGUCAGUGAGAUUGGAGAUGAGACUUUUAUAAUAGCAGCUCUAAUGGCGAUGCGUCAUCCCAAGUCCAUUGUUUUAUCUGGUGCACUAAGUGCCUUGUUUGUGAUGACAGUACUUUCGACUGGACUUGGUAGGAUUGUGCCAAACUUGAUAUCAAGGAAGCAUACAAACAGUGCAGCCACAGUUCUUUAUGCAUUUUUUGGGCUGCGGUUACUCUAUAUUGCUUGGAGGUCGGGUUCAAAAUCUUCACAGAAGAAGGAAUUUGAGGAAGUGGAAGAGAAACUCGAAUCUGGACAAGGCAAGACAGCAGUCCGGCGAUUCUUUUCUAGAUUCUGUACACCAAUAUUUUUGGAGUCAUUUAUUUUGACCUUCUUGGCUGAAUGGGGAGACCGCAGUCAGAUAGCAACAAUUGCUCUGGCCACACACAAAAAUGCAUUUGGGGUUGCUACAGGGGCUACCGUAGGACACACAAUUUGUACAUCGCUGGCAGUGAUCGGGGGAAGCAUGCUGGCUUCCAGGAUCUCUCAGCGCUCAGUUGCAACAGUUGGUGGAUUGCUGUUCCUUGGUUUUUCCCUGUCUUCAUAUUUCUAUCCUCCUCUUCACCAAUGUCAUCAAAGUUGCAGCUACUCUACCCAACAAUGCCUUCAAUUACCCCGGGCUGAUCUUGUUCAUGCUAAAGCAAUGAAGAAUGGUACUUCCCAGUACUUGAAUGUGGGUAAUACAAUCAUGGAUCUUUAUGUGAAAAAUCACUACUUGCGCAAUGCCCAGAAGCUGUUUGAUGAAAUUCUUCAAAGGGAUGUUCGAUCUUGGACCAUUUUAAUAUCGGGGUUUUCUCGAUUUGGCAAUUACAGAACUGGGUUGGAUUACUUUGGCAAGAUGAUUAGCGAAGGCAUUGUUGCUCCAAAUCGGUUCACCUUGUCUUCGGUUUUGAAGUGCUGUUCUGGUGUUUCUAAUGGGUUUUGGCUGGGAAAGGCCAUUCAUGGGUUGAUAAUAAUUAAUGGAAUGAAUUUAGAUGUUGCCUUGGCGAAUGCUAUUCUUGACCUUUAUGUGAAAUGUGGAGCUUUUGAUUAUGCGGAAAGGUUCUUUGAGACUAUGGAUAAUAAGGAUAACUUUUCUUGGAAUAUAAUGAUGGCCUCUAGCUUAAGUAAAGGAGACAUGGGCAAGUGUCUAGAUUAUUUCAAGAAGUUACCCGAUAAAGUAGUCUCCAGUUGGAACACAGUAAUUGAUGGAUUUUUGCAGCAUGGGUAUGAGGGAGUUGCAUUGGAGCUGCUUUAUGAGAUGGUUAACUCUGGACAUGCUUUUGACAAAUAUACUUUCUCCAUAUCACUGGCACUGUUGGCUUCUCUGAAAAAUGUGGAACUAGGGAGGCAAGUUCAUGGUCAACUUUUGAGGGUCGGAAUCAGCGGAGAUGCAUUUGCUAAGACUUCACUUGUUGAUAUGUAUUGUAAAUGUGGGCAGAUGGGGAAAGCUAAGCUAAUUGUUCAAACUUCGCAUCAAGAUGUUAUGAAAAGUCAAUUUCUAACAAUUUCUUCUCAUGAUCAUAGAGCACUAUCGAUUUUGUGGAGUACAGUGCUUGCGGGUUAUGUUAAAUAUGGGAUGCUAAUAGAGGCUUUGCAGAGUUUAAGAUUCAUGGUUCAUGAAAAAAUUUCUGUCAACAUGGUAACUUUAACAAGCAUUGUUACUGCUUCAGCCGAUGCUGGACUUCUGGAGGUUGGUCAGCAAAUCCAUUCCCGUAUUCUGAAAUCUGGACAUAAACCAGAUGUUUUCUUCAGUUCGUCAAUGGUUGACAUGUAUGCAAAGUGUGGAAAGUUAGAUGAUGCGUGGUCAUUUUUCAUUCAAGCUGAAACUCGCAAUGUUGUGCUCUGGACUACUAUGAUAUUUGCUUAUGCAGUCCAUGGGUAUGGAGAAAAGGCUGUUCAGCUUUUUGACUUAAUGAGAAAUGACGGUAUAACACCAAAUGAAGUGACGUUUGUUGGAGUUCUAACUGGUUGUAGUCAUGCGGGUUUGAUACAAGAAGGCUGCAAGUAUUUUAGAAUGAUGAAAGAAGUUUAUGGUAUCAAGCCUGCAGAUGAACACUUCACUUCUAUGGUGGAUCUUUAUGGUCGAGCUGGCAAGCUGAAUGAGAUCAAGGAUUUUAUUUUUAAGAAUGACAUCUCUCACAUUGGUACAGUUUGGAAUGCAUUUUUAUCGGCUUGCCAUCUCCACAAGAAUGUUGAGAUGGCAAAAUGGGUUCACGAUAAACUGCUUGAACUUCAGCCCUCUGAACCUGGUCCUUAUGUUCUCUUGUCAAAUACAUGUUCAGACAAUUACAUGUGGGACAAGGCAUCUGCAUUAAGGGGUUUGAUGCAGAAGAGGGAAAUUGAGAAACUCCCUGGUCAAUCUUGGAUUUAAGUAAAGAAUGAACAGCACAGUUUUCCAU